CUUCACAGUCGUAAAAAUAUAUCAUGUGUUUUAGAAGAAUGUUUAAGUUAAAUUAUAUACAUUAAAACUUUUUAGAGUUAUAUCGUGGGAAAAUAUAAUGAAAAUGUCAAGUUCUUUGAAAACAAAUUUAGAUUUAUAUAUGAAAAAAGUCAAAUAUCAAAUGGAUUCCACUCAAAAUGAAGCAGCUGAACAAAACAAUUGUGAAGUAUUAGCUGAACAAUCAAAUGUCACGGUUAAAGAAAAAAAUCGCUCCGAGAAUAUUUCAUUUACGGAGAAAAAAUUUUUUGACAAUGAGAAUGAAUGUAUUGAAGAAACAGGAAAAUCUGUAGGAAAUAUAAAUAAAAUGUUUGAAGUUAAUAACAAGUGUCAAAAUUGUAUUGAAAAAUAUGAUGAAUUACAUGAUAAGUAUUUGAAUUUGGAAUCAAAAUAUAUUGCCAUCGAACAAAAUAAUUCUAGUAAGUAGAUUUUAUUAAAAUCUUAAAAUAAUAAAAUUUUGACUAACUUUAAUUUGCUAUAGGAAGAUCAUAAAUAAUUUUAAAAAAUUUAGUACAGUGGGGACGUAGCAUAGUUGGGUCCCGUAUAGAUGAUAUCUGACAAUGAUUAAAAUCACUAUCAUAAAAAAGGCUACUAUACAAAUCUGUAGAUAGUGUUUAAUUUUAAAAAAUUGGUUAAUCAUUCCAUAAGCUACAUGAUC